AGCGAAGUAAAGGAUCCUAGUGGUCCCGUAUUCACGGUGCCCAAGGAUGUGCUUGAAGGAGGUACCGGGUACCGUAUUCGUCUCUACAGCCGGAGAGAGAAAGGUGUAAGAGGGAAGACUGAAAGUAUGCUACUGACGAAUGAGGUACCUCGAGCAGGGGCCUGUUUUGCUUUCCCCCUGAGGGGAAAUGCACUCAUGACUAAAUUCCAUAUUUGGUGCGAUGGCUGGACCGAUGCAGACAUGCCCUUGAGCUACAAAUUUUUCUAUAAAAACGAAGGAAAGCUGGUGCUGUUUUACUACGGACUUCACAACUUCACACGCGCAGAACUGCCACUUGGAGACCCAGCUAAUAAUUAUACAAUUGAAAUUGAGGUGAAAGUGUUGGAUUUCUACAAAGGCGAAGCCAACUAUUCUUUAUCUUUGCAGGUAAGAUGUUUGUUUUAUCAGACUUGAAGGAAUAUGUACCUAAAUGAUUCAUAAGUUUGAAAUUCUCAAGCGCUCAUGUUAUUGUCUUAAUGAUGUAGUCGGUAGAGCCAGACAUGAAAGAGGAUGAACUUGGUGAUAAGCUGGCUGACAUGACAUCAGGCGAAAACAGCGACUUAGGAAAAUUGGUGAGCGUGGGAGACACACAAGCGGCCCUGAGACUCGCUGGUGCUGUCAACUCAUUGCUUAAUGCGCAGAGCACAAAAUCUCCAUCUAAUGAUACUAAGGAUAUUAGUGCAAGGAAAGAAAAAAGAAAAGCG